AUGCUGAUGGACGCCUACCGUGACGAACGCCCCGGGAUCCGCGUCGCCUACAGGACGGACGGCCGACUCUUCAAUCAGUGGCAGAUGCACUUCCAGUCGCGUGUGUCAGCGAAUUCUGUCCAUGAACUCCUCUUCGCCGACGACUGCACCCUCAACGCCACCUUUGAAGGGGACAUUCAAAGGAGCAAGAAAAUAAUCGCCGCCGCCUGUGACAACUUCGGCCUCAUCAACAGUAUGGGAAAGACGGUGGUUACGCAUCAACCGCCACCUGACGCCGCCUAGGGGUGAACAACGCCCAACUGCAAGCCGUGUUCAACUUCACUUACCUGGGCAGCACCCUCUCCCUCACCACAAAAAUCAACGAUGAAGUGGCCCGCUGCAUCGCCAAGGCCAACCAAGUAUUUGGCCGUCCGCGAAACUCAGUUUGAAAUCACCACGUUCUCCACAUCAGCACCAAACUGUAGAUGCACAAAGAGGUCAUUCGGCCGACGUUGUUAUAUGGAGCGGAAACUUGGAUUGUGUACAAGAAGCAGGUUGCGAAGACUCGACCACAUCCACAUCCGCUAUUACCAACGGAUAGUGAAGUCGACGUGGCAGGCUCAGAUUCCAGACACGGACGUAUUGGAACGGACAGGAAUCCUCCGUAUCUACGCCAUGCUAAGAUAACUGCAACUGCGCUGGAGCGGCCAUCUGGUGUACAUGGAGUACGAGCGAUUACCCAAGCGACUUUUUUAUGGAGAUUUCGCCAUGAGACCCCGCCGACAUAAAGGUCAAGUCCGGCCCUAAAAGGAAACACCGAAGACUUCCUUUAGGCGCCGCAAAUUGACCUGGCCAACCGGAAGAACCUCGUUUGGCACCGACCGACCCGGAGGAGAGCAGUGUAAACGGGCACAGCCAUCUACAAAGCCAACCGCAUCACCGCCGCCAAAGCCAAACGCGAAGCACGUAAAUCUCAACUGCCCCCGUCCCGCGACGCCAAUGCUCAACCGACUCCGACCUGCCCAUGAUGUCAACAGACGUUCCGGGGACCAAUUGGUUUCAUUGGACAUCUUCGUACCAACUUCAGCACCCCGACUACACCACCCGUUGUCCCAAAUUCCACCUCUGCCUCGUCCUGCACGCCGACAACCAACGCUGGCUGCAGUCCUGAACACUUACUGUCAUCCUCCUCCGUCGCCUCAACAUCCGUUGCGAUGGCUCCUGCACCCACCGCCACUGUACUCCAUACUAACACCGCCAGACAUCAACCUGACCACCGCCAACACCAACGAUGUGGACUUGGUCCAAACCCGUCCACGCCGACCUGGCCGGUCACUUGCGAAUCUAUCGCACAAAAACUGGCGGACCGGCGUAUGGAGCACCCACAUGAAAUCGCCGCAUCUGUCCACACUGCCUCCACAUUCGCUCACCACACGUGCAUCCAGGUGAGCUGAUGUCACCGCAGUCUCGAAACACCCAGCACAUCCACCGUGCAUAGCCUAACCCACACACCGCCGCCCACCGGGCUCACCACCAGCAACCCCACGGUCACUGAAACCGACCCUGUUCACACUUCCCACGUACAUUCACCUCACAAAUUGUUCUGGUUGGCCACUUGAUAAUCUGUCGCACAGAGGCUGGAGAGCCAGUGCCUGGAGCACCCACACACACUCACCGCAUCCGCAUAUUCACGCACCGCAUGGGCCAGUUAAGCCGCAUGCGCAUUCAUGAAAACCUGCGGUGGACAACCACCGACUAAACCUCCCCACCACAUCUUCCCCCAUCUACAACACACAACAUCAUAACUAACCACAAGCAUUCAACUGCCACCUCCCACGCAAGUGGGACAUGUGCGUCUCGGCUCCGUCUCCAUGUGGCCCCUGCUGCAUAUACGAUUCGGAUCUGAGACUAUCACAGUGCGUCAAGCAGCGUGGCUUGGAAGGCUGCUGACUGACGUCCUAACUCAGUCCACGCAGUCCACCCAAUUGCGUGGUUGUGUUGAGUGGCAGAUUGGUGGGCUGAGAGCCACAGUGAAACAACACUCUCACGCAUGUGAGAUGUGAGCUUAUCUGCUGAAUGGUUACGUAGUUGUUUGUAUCUGCACGCGUUCUGUAAUCAGGCGCCAGCCAGUGCUUCUCCGCGUUUCCGAACCACGCUUAUUAGCGUCUGGGUAGUGGCCGAAGACGUUGAGGGUAGCACACACACGGUCGAAUAGAUUACCUAGAAUAGCUGGCGGAUAAUGUAACGCUGGGCAGAGUAGUCAGACACCACUUCAGGCAUGCAUAUAGGGAUAUUGUAAUAAAAUGGGUUUGAAGCGUAUCAAACCUAGGUUACAGUAAAUAAACGGGCGGAAUAGUAUUUAACAAUUACAAGGGAAUAACGACGUACUGUACAAACGAUCCAUUGGAAGUGGGACAUGAUCACGUCAUAUUAGUCAGACAUCGUUGGGGAUUGAAGCGCUGACGGCAACUGUGGGUAAGGGCCGUGGAGUGUGCCGAAGAUGGAGGACACGAGCGACGAACGGACGGCGAGAGCGGGGGGGGAUCAUGCCAACGGUAGGGAGGGAGGGAACGCCGACCGUCUUCACUGGCAGACGAUCACACCAAUCAGACAUCCGACAUCCGUGCCAAGGUAGCUACACCUCAUUCAAACAACUCAGUCGAGUUUGUCACACGUUACAUCUGCACGUGUCCACCGUUCCAAGGCCACUUGAUUUUGCUGAAAGUGCCCUUGUCGCGGCAGCUCGAGUCAUGGGCAGACCCUGGCUCCUGCAAACUUCCGAUCCAGUUCUGAAUAGAAAGAGGGGGAUCUGGACACCAUUUAAGUGAACAUUGCAUUCUGUACAGAAGGAAUGGAGACUAGUGCUGGGAGAAGCCGUCCUAACCCACUCGAUCAUACGCUGUCCGCGUGCUGAUGUCACGUCGGCUCUCGACAGGACUGGAGGUUUACCCAACUACUCAUAUGAACCAGAAGUCCAGCCGACGUGGUAACCCAUCAGGCACACCAUCUGAUUGGUGAUAUGUCAGCCUGACCUUAGACAUUUCCAAUAUCGCAAUAUAUCUUUCCCUUCCUCCCUUGCUAUUAAUUUCUGGUUUGCGGAUUUGUUCGAGGAAUGUUUUUGUGUUGACAACCAGCGAGGCAUGCGGCAAGUUCACAACAAAUUGACAACACAGAACUCACAAUGACUACAGUGAGUGAUCGAUCUCAUGAAAUGUUGGCUGAUAUUCUGAAAUGUGUUUUCGACGAGGAAGGAUUACUUAGACGCGGUUGUAAUACUGAUUAUCUUGCGGCACAAUCCCAUAAUAUUUCGUAUUCGGCAGGAUGCCAGCUUUUGGGUACACUGCUUUUCAAUCUCCUGCACUUCAAAAUAUCAGCCAACAUUUCAUGAGAUCGGUCACUCACUGUAAUUUCGCGGAAAAAUUACUGUUUAGCCUGCAACAGCUACAGGCUUAGUUUAAGGCCGCCCACUUGAAGUUGAUGAAGUUGAUAAUAUGAAACUGCGGUUUACACUUUCCUGUUCCAGCACCCUCUGAAAAUCAGUCCACGUCGGUUACGCGGUCGCCGCUAAUAUUACUUAGUUUAUUUAUGAUCCCGAUUUGGAUGGGACCUUUGAUUCCCGGUUCAAACACUGAGGAGACAUUUUCCGCAUUGAAUUUGCGAGCGCCGAUAAUUCGUGGAAGAUGUGACUGCCACUACCCAAAGUGGGUACCAAGUAGCAUUAGGCGUACAUUGACAAGCUUCUGCGGAAAAGUCCUUGUAUAAUGCAAACUGAUCUAUUUUGCGACUUGAGCGACCAGUGUUUCACACGUCAGUCAGAUGAGAAGAAACAAAUUGGCCACGAGGACGCAACGUGAUGUUGAGUUAUUAUUCAAAGUUGUGUUGCGACUUACAAGCGUAUUUUAGCACACUAAAAUACAGUGUUUUUAUGUCACUGCACCCUCGUAUAUUCAUAUUGCACAAAAUGACGAAGUAAUUCGCAAUGACGUUCGGGAGAAGUCAUCAUUGUUCAGCAUUCGAUACCAGUGCCUGAAGAUGGUGAAGACCGAGACAAACGACUUUCUAACUCUCGCCAGCAUUGUCAACCGUGAGUGCGCAAAACCUAAACGUAAAUGACUCAUUUUUUGUGCUCUUAAAUACUUCACGAUGCUGAAAUCAGAAGUCGUCUGAUCGGGACAAUUGAACUUGACUCCGACAUCGCCCUGCUGACAGUGACUGCCGAACGUCGGCGGCUCAAGAAUCGUAAACAUGAUUCUGCUUUGUGGAGCAGUCCAGUCCCGCGCUUGUUGCCACCAAUCUUCAUGCCGUCACCAACACAAAGUCGAUGUCACCAUACAGGUCUCAGGACUCUACGCCCAUAAAACCUCUGACAGCACGUUGGGAAUGUGAUGAUUGGCAUUUCUUUCGCUUCUGCUCACUCAAGAAAUAGGUUUAUCAGAAAUGUCAUGAGCGAGGGCACAAGAAAGGUCACUGUCCAUCAAGCCAGCCCUCUGAAUCAAGGGUAUGCAAGAGGAAUGUCACAAAUGCCCUUCAAUCCAUUCCCGUUCAAAGUCUCAUUCCAUCCCAGUCACGUUCAAGACUGAGUUUGAGUCGCAGAGAAGGCCAAUUAUGGUUAUUGUCAAUGACACGCAGUACGCCUCCAGUUGUAUAAAGCCUCAGAUUUCAUUCUCAUCUGCAAGCGUACAUAUGUGGCACAUGAUUUCACGGUCUCCGAUAACCGAUCUCAUUAAAUGUUAGCCAAAAUUCUGGAAUGCGCUCCCGAUUAGGAAAGAUUACUUAAGUGGGGUUGUUAUACUGAUUAGCAUGCAGCACAAUCUUGUAACAUUUCGGACUCGUCAGGAUGUCGGCUUUUGAAUGCACUUCUUUUUGACCUCCUAGAAAACCGUACUGCGUAAAGAAUGACUACUUAAUUAGCAUGCAUUUUUCCCAUUAAUUUUCGGUGGUCUUAUAAAUUCAAAUAUAUUUUAUAGAAAACAUGCACAAAAAUAUGCCUAUAUUGCUCCCUUGGAAGGAAACCACAUUUUCUUUAUAUUUUAUGAUCGAAUAAAGUGUAUAUUUAGGUUUUUAAAAAGUUUAUAAUUGUGAGAUUUUUAAGGCCGUGCGAUGUCCAUGCAUGGAAGACCGCGCGUGUGCAUUUACCAAUGCUCCUCAUGAAAUGUACAACAUAGUUCGGAUGCAUUGCAAAAUUUCAUGAGGUCUAUGUGGUAUCUUCUUUAACUCAGAGAGAAAUAUAUGAUUUUCCUUACGCGAAAAGCAUGCGCCUUCAAGACUGAAAUUGGUAAACGCUGAGGCAAUGGCAGAUCAGGCUGAAAAUUAUUCGGGAAUUGGGAGACUUUUUAAAAACUUAAAUAUACACUUUCUUCGGACAUAAAAUAUUAAGACAAAGUGAUUUCCUUUCAAGUCAGCGAAAGAAGUCAUAUUUUUGUGCAUGUUUUCGAUAAAAUAUAUUUGAAUUUAUAAGACCGACGAGAAUCAGUAGGAGAAAUGCAUGCCAAUUAAGGAGUGUUUUUUUACCCAGUGAGGUUACCGCAGGAGGUCAAAAAGAAGUGCAUUCAAAAGCCGACAUCCUGGUGAGUCCGAAAGGUUAUAGGAUUGGGCUGCAUGAUAAUCAGUAUAACAACCCCACUUAAGAGUAAUCCUUUCUUAUCGUAAACGCAUUUUGCACUUUGGCCAACAUUUCAUGAGAUCGGUCACGCACUGUACAUCAAGCCAAAGGGCACUGAAUAUUUCUGAGGCAAUACUCCGGUUGGAUGUAGCGUUUAUUUUGAUGGCAUUCCAUUCAAGGGGACAUGCUGCCUUACCCACCGCCCGAACCCCAAAUUACUAAGGUUGAAAAACCUAGUCUUCCGGAAGUCCCACUUACCCCAUGUUUGCAAUAAUUUUCCAUCGUUUUGGCAGAGUCCUGUUAUGCCGCAGCAGCAAGCUCCAAAGCUGAUGGUUAUUGUACAGAAGAAAUCCGCCUCUGUUUUUCAAAGGGGUAUUAGUUGCUGCAUCAAGACGAAGGACAGCCUUUGUCUUCAGCAAAAUACGGAACCUGUUUUCAAACCACAGUGGUUCGUAACUUAUGCUGCCCUCCCAGUGUUUGACCAAGAACUUGGGCGCCUUCAGCAAGAUGUGUACUCCAGCCAGCGAACCGCUUUGUAUGGGCUACACCAGUUGUGGCUGUCAAGAAUCUGCGUUGAUUUCUCCACCGGUCUCAGUCCUGCUCUGGACACUCACCGGUAUCCGCUAUCGUUGCAGGAAUGGUGGAAAUUGUCUCGCAAAACUGGGCCUAUUUGACGUAUAUUUCCAAAUCGAGGUGGCUGGAGAAUCUCGAGAACUUCUGAUGAUUAACGCUCACCGUGGUUUGUUCCAGUUCUUCCGAUUGUCAUUUUGUGUUGAUACUGCCCCCUCCAUUUUGCAACAACCGAUUGACACCAUGUUGACGGGCACCAAAGGAGGUGCUGCCUGA